UCGGCGGCGGCGGAGGGGCCGAGAGCUGGCGGCGGCGGUGGUCGUGAAGGGCAUCGGUGACGGAGAUGAUCUGAAGAUGGAAAGAGCCAGGCGAAGGGGAGGCGGCGGCAGCAGCGGCGGCGGCCGUGGCCGCGGAGGCAAGAAUGUAGGGGGCCCUGGCCUAAGCAAGAGUAGACUCUAUCCCCAGGCCCAGCAUUCUCACUACCCCCACUACUCCGCGUCAGCCACCCCUAAUCAGUCUGGGGGCACAUCCGAAAUCCAGGAGCUGGCCUCCAAACGUGUGGACAUCCAGAAAAAGAGGUUUUACCUAGACGUGAAGCAAAGCUCUCGGGGCCGCUUCCUAAAGAUAGCCGAAGUCUGGAUAGGGAGAGGCCGGCAGGACAAUAUCAGAAAGAGUAAACUGACCCUCUCCCUGUCGGUGGCAGCAGAGCUGAAGGACUGUCUAGGCGACUUCAUCGAGCACUAUGCCCACCUGGGCCUGAAAGGCCACAGGCAAGAGCAUGGCCAAAGCAAAGAGCAAGUCUCCAGGAGGCGGCAGAAGCACUCUGCACCCUCCCCACCGGUGUCAGUGGGAUCCGAAGAGCAUCCUCACAGUGUCCUUAAAACGGACUAUAUAGAGAGGGACAAUAGGAAAUACUACCUGGACCUAAAGGAGAAUCAACGAGGUCGCUUCCUAAGGAUUAGACAAACCAUGAUGCGGGGCACUGGCAUGAUAGGUUACUUUGGCCACAGUUUGGGCCAGGAACAGACUAUUGUCCUCCCAGCGCAAGGUAUGAUUGAAUUUCGUGAUGCCUUGGUUCAGCUGAUCGAAGACUACGGCGAAGGAGACAUAGAAGAACGAAGGUGUGGAGACGACGACCCACUCGAACUCCCAGAGGGGACCUCUUUCAGAGUGGACAAUAAAAGGUUCUACUUUGAUGUGGGCUCUAAUAAAUAUGGAAUUUUCCUGAAGGUAAGUGAGGUGAGGCCACCUUACCGUAAUACUAUUACUGUUCCGUUCAAAGCUUGGACAAGGUUUGGGGAGAAUUUUAUCAAGUAUGAAGAAGAGAUGAGGAAAAUUUGCAACAGCCAUAAGGAAAAGAGAAUGGAUGGCCGUCGGGCCAGUGGUGAAGAACAAGAAUGCCUGGACUAGCAUGAAAUUGAACUCCAGCAGGCAAAAUUUAGAAAUCAGUAAUUGGCUAAACGUACUGAUCCGUAAUCAUGAUCAUUUGAAGAAGUUUCUCCUCUUUUGGGCCUUUUGUUAUUAGAGAUAUUCCCCCCCCCCCCCAUAGUUUAUACUCAAAGGAGUCUGAUUCUCAUGUUAUGUUAUACAUAGAUCACUAUAAUUCUCAUGGGAAUUCCAACCUCCCCAGAGCCAAAUAGUUUAGCUGCUUCAACUGCUCCAGACUAUUGAAGUAUGCAGAUUGGCGCAGCGUGUGACAUUCUGACCUAUAAUCACGAUAGCUUAAGAUUUACAUUGCACUAUGACAGAAUCUUGAAAGUGAUGAUGCAUAGACUUAAGACGAAAGUGUGAAUUUCUAUUUAACAAAUCCCGCCCCCAAAGAAAGUCCCAUACUUCGUUAAAAGUUUGUACUUUGUUAAAAAGUUGCAAAGUUUACCUGUAGGACAAUUACCACAGAAACAGAAAUUGUCCUCAAGUGUAGUAUAUUUCUUUAUGAAAGUACUGGUAGGAAUAUAUUGCUCAUUGGGUAACUGAGUAUUAACUAGUACCACUAAAAUACAAAUCUUAUUAGAUAAUUAGACCUAUGAGAUACAGUGUCAUAUUGCUUAACAGUAUUCUAUAAUUUCAAAUUUUGUGGAAACCCUAUAGUUUUAGUUGCCAUAUCAAAGCCACGGAAGAGUUUUAAUUCAUUAUUCUAGCUAAUUGUAAUCUAAUCUUCUGUUUCCUGUUCUAUAUAUUUUAUUGACUUUCCAAAGUUUUGGAAAUUAUGCUUAUGUCACUGUUGUGAGGGAGGUUUCACCCAGUGGCUUUGCUAUGGAAAUUUUGAUGUUUUAAAACAGCCUUUCAUGAUAAUUUGGAAUUGUUUUUCCUUAAAAUCUGUCAUGAACUUUCAAAGUGUAUUUUAUGCUUUCCUGUUCAUGCAUAGGGUUGAUGCACCAGUUCACUGGUGUAAAAAGAUAUCUACUGAUAUAUUUUAGUAAGGCUCUUACAUUGGCUACCCUUAAAACCAUGUCAAACUUAAACCUGACUUUUAUACAUACUUUUAACUCCAAAAAAAAAAAAGUUGUUGUUUUGGGGGGUUGUUUUUGUUUUGGGUAUUUUUGUUUUUUUGUUUUUUGUUUUUGCUGAGAAUACAAAAUUGCAGUCUGGGAAAUAUAAUAUUUGGAAACAAUAUUGGUUAUAAACAUUUAAAAGGAAAAAUUCAGGCAUUUUCCAAGGUGCUCCUUAAGAUUCUCAAAGAGGUUUACUCUACACAAGAUGUAUCCAUCCAUUUGUGCUUGCCUGUAUUAAAAAAAAUCACUUUCCAGAAAGUGCCACCUGAAUUUUUAGACACUCAGCAAUUUUUAAACAAGUGGGUAGAUAAUAUCAUGUACACCCACAACAUCCCUUAUUAACUGAAUGAAAUUUCAUCUGUUGGGCUACAUCUUACUCUAAACGAAAUUGUGUUUUGUCAUGGGAUCAGGUACUGCUCCACAGUAAGUCCAUGUGAUCAUAUUUAAGAGACAGGCAGAUUUCAACUGCCCAAAUAGAGUUCUCAUGGGUGAGAGCUGGCUGCAAGGACCGAGGUCAGAAUGUGGCUCUUCUCUGAUAUGCUCUUAAAUAAUCCAGAAUCGCUUUGAACAAUUUUCCCUCCAGAAUUUUUUCUCUAAACACAUUAAACUAAGGUCACUAAGGAAAACCAUGGGACGAAUUAAGAAGAUUAAGUUCAUUGGCUUUUGUUAAGACCAAGCAACUAGUAACCCAGACGUACAUACUGAUGUUGGUUGCAGAUUCUAUUUCACAUUUCUCGAAGUACUAUGAUGGAAUCUCACUCAGUUCACUACCCUUGUGAACCAUCUGGAUCACCAUGGAACAA